CUGGUGAAACCCUAAAACCAGCAAAAUAUCAAAAAGAUCAGAUUAAUCGAGUUUUGGAGGUCGAGAACGCGAGGCUGGUGUUUUCUGUGCAGGAAAUGAGCACAUUUGAGGCGUUUUAGGGUUUGGUUCUGUGAAAACAGGGUUUUGGAUCGGAUUCGGCGAUUAGGAAGUUGUUUUGCUGCUUUUUCGCGAGUUCGGAACCAGACGUCGCGGAAUCGAGUCGAAAUUUGUAGAAUUUGAGUUGCAAUUUGCAGAUUCUUCUGUUGAUUUUGUGCUCUCUUACGCGCGAGUUCGUAAGAAAGAAAGUGCGUAAUCUAGUAGCCGGUUGGGGAGUUUCUUCUAUUCCAUGAAGGAAUCCUUUGAAUUUUUGUUGAAUUUUGACAUUUCGUGCAAAUCUCGAGGUAGAAAUCUCAGCUGAAAAUAAGCUUCUUUCUGUUGGUUUUUGCCAUCUUGCAAAUUCGUGGAUUCAUCUGUUACAAGCACAGUCGGUUGCAUUAGAACUUACGAAAACGAUCGCUGAUUACAACUUCACUCUUCUGAAGAGAAGAGGAGAGAGAGAGAGAGAGAGAGAGAGAGAGAGAGAGAGAGAGGUAAGCUCCUCUAAAAUUCAAAAUCAUGUUCUUCUGAAUUUCUCGAGAUAUGAAGAGAAUUUAUGGUGGAAAAAGGGGUCAAAAUCUCGGGAUCUUUGGAUAAAUAUGAUUCAUGUUUACACCUACUGGUAGGUAAAAUCACUAAAAAAACCAUUUUUUGCUAGUUCUCGUGGUACGAGAAAUUAUAUUAAUAUCGCGAAUCAGACGUUCCUUUCUGUUGCAAAGAUAAAUGCCAAUUUCUGAGGCUUCCAAGUUUCCCAUUUAUCUGUGUACAGUUUUUCAUUUACAGUUGCACAGCAGGCUCCUUUUCUGUAUGGCAAUGGGCAUCUGAAUCACUGUAAAUGGAGAUGGUCAGACCUUCAAUGCAUUUCAGCUCCUCUUCAAAUGUUAGUAGUCUGUGUUGGUGGUAAUAUUUCUGCAAGUUGGUUUUUGUCCUCUGCUCUGUAAGCCCUUUAAACCCCUUUUGAGGAAGUUACUCAUCACUUGGUUUUGAAAGUUCUGAUGAUGGCUCAAGGGAACUGCUCUUCUUCAUCUGUUCCCAUUUUGCUUGUAUUUUUUCUUUUGAUUCCUUGCACAAUCCAGCUCCAAUCCUCUCAAUCCCAGACCCUUCUUCGAAUUCAGCAGCUAUUGAACUUCCCAGCUGUCCUAAGCCGCUGGAAUAGCUCCACGGAUUUCUGCAACACCGAGUCCGACAUGUCUCUGACCGUCGUUUGUUAUGAAGACAGCAUAACACAACUGCAUAUCAUUGGCGAAGAUGGGUCUCCCUCUUUGCCGCGGAAUUUCUCUAUCGAUUCUUUCUUCACCACUCUUGUAAGGAUUCCGAGCCUGAAAGUCCUCUCGUUGGUUUCUCUCGGUUUGUGGGGUCCUCUUCCUGCUAAAAUCGGCCGUUUAUCUUCGCUGGAGAUUGUCAACGUGAGUUCAAAUUUCUUUUACGGCACUGUUCCUCAAGAGAUUUCGUCGUUGAAGGACCUCCAAACGCUUAUCCUAGAUUAUAACAUGUUCAGUGGCUCUGUUCCUGAUUGGUUGAGUUCGCUCCCUGUUCUGGCUGUCCUGAGCUUGAAGAACAAUUCAUUCAGCGGGCUUCUGCCUGAUUCAUUAACGACUCUGGAUAAUCUCAGAAUUCUAGCACUUCCAAGGAAUCGUUUAUCUGGAGAAGUGCCCGAUCUGAGCAGUUUGACAAACCUUCAAGUGCUUGACUUGGAAGAUAAUUUCUUUGGGCCUCAGUUUCCAAGUUUGGGAAACAAGUUGGUUACUCUUGUAUUGAGCAAGAACAGGUUUAGCUCCGGCAUUCCUUCUGAAGUAACCUCCUGUUUUCAGCUUCAACGGCUGGAUAUUUCCUUCAAUAGAUUUGUUGGGCCAUUCCCGCUGCCAUUGUUAUCUCUGCCUUCAAUUCAUUAUCUGAAUAUUGCUGGAAACAGAUUGACGGGAAUGCUUUUUGAAAAUACAUCAUGCAAUGCCGAACUUGGACUUGUGGAUUUGUCUUCGAAUCUUUUGACAGGGAGCUUGCCAACAUGUCUGGUCUCAAAUUCUGAGGGCAGGUCUGUUCGGUAUGCAAGGAAUUGUUUAGCAACUCAAGCUCAAAAUCAAUAUCCCCACUCAUUCUGCCGGAAUGAGGCGUUAGCUGUGGGGAUAAUUCAUCGUAAGCGAAAGAAGGUGCCAACUGAUAAGGUGGUUCUUGCGACAAGUAUAGUUGGAGGGGUUGUUGGGGGACUUGUGCUCAUUGGCCUCUUGAUAUGGCUGGUACUUAGAAGAAAGUAUGUGAAAAAGGUGAUGAGAAGGCCACCAAGAAGAUUGAGAGGGACAAAUUCUUCGACUGGAUUUCCCUCGAAGCUGUUUUCAGAUGCAAGGUACAUAUCUCAAAGUAUGCGAUUGGGAGAACUUGGCCUUCCACCUUAUCGGACAUUUUCAUUGGAGGAGCUUGAGCAAGCUACAAAAAACUUUGAAACAUCAAGCUUCAUGGGUGGAGGUUCUCAUGGUCAGAUGUACAGAGGUCGGUUGAGUGAUGAUUCUGUUGUAGCAAUAAGAUGCUUGAAAUUGAAAAAAAGGCACAGUACCCGGAACUUUGUGCACCACAUUGAACUAAUUGCAAAGCUAAGACAUCGCCAUUUGGUCAGCGCUCUCGGGCACUGCUUUGAGUAUUAUCUCGAUGAUCCAAGUGUCAGCAGACUAUUUCUUGUCUUCGAAUAUGUAUCAAAUGGGACACUAAGAAGCAACAUCUCUGAGGGAGCUGUAGAGCAAACACUCACCUGGACACAAAGGAUUGCAGCUGCCAUGGGUGUAGCAAAGGGUAUUCAGUUUCUUCAUACUGGCAUUGUACCUGGAAUAUUUGCAAAUGACCUGAAAGCAACAAAUGUUCUGUUGGAUCAAAACCUUGUUGCGAAAAUUAGCAGCUAUAAUCUCCCAGUAUUGGCAGAAAAUAUUACUGAGGUGGGAGCAGGAAUAUCUUCGAAUGCAUUAAAAGAAUCCAGAGUUUCUGGAAGUUUAAGUUGUACAUGUGGUUGUGUCACUUGCAGGGCAAAGCAUGAGGAUAAAAAUGAUGUCUAUGACUUUGGUGUAAUCUUACUAGAGAUCAUUGUGGGAAGGCCUAUCACAUCCCAGAGUGAAGUGGACAUUGUAAAAGAUCAGUUGCAAGCAAGCAUAGCAGCAGAGGAAGUUGCUCGAAGGAGCAUAGUUGAUCCAACUGUUACCAACACUUGCUUGGAUGAAUCGCUGAAGACAGUAAUGGAGAUAUGCAUCAGGUGCCUGUCUAAAGAGCCUGCAGAGAGACCUUCCAUUGAGGAUGUGCUGUGGAACCUGCAGUUUGCGGCUCAGGUUCAGGAUGCAUCGAAGGGAGAUUACCAGAGCAGUGAUGGAUCGCCGAUCUCACCUUCCCAACCUUCACAGAUGCAGCUUGUCAUCCAAUAGUAGCAGCCACAGAUUAUUGUGUUCACAUGAAUUCCUUGCAUGUAAGCACAACUACACUGGCCAUUACUUGUUGCCGCUAAAUAGAGUGUCAGAAGAGGAAAAGAGGGAAUGAUAUGGUCAAUGAUAUCGAACGGUCAUCAUGCCUCAAAACGAGGCUUUGCACUUUUACCAACACAGCAAGCAUAAAAGGUAGCUUCCAUCCUUUGUAUUAUUGUUAUAUUGUCACCCCCCCUUACCCCCGUCUUUUCUUCUUCUUCUUCUUCUUUUUUUUUUUUUUUUUUUUUUUGCCUUAUUAGUUUUGAAUUGAAUUUCAAGUGUAAGCUGAGUUGAUUUUGGUCGUACAUUGUGACAUGUGAAAAACAAUUGCAGAAAUCUGUGUAAAUUUGUGGGAAGUUCAAUGAUUUUGAUGUUUCUGGGAA